UGUAGCAGUUCUAACUAAUUCUCCAAGCAAACAAAGAAAAGGCAGCCCAACCCAACUCACAAACAACUUCAAAGCAACAGAUGCAAUAAACAAGUAUUCUUUACAUGAAUAAGUAUACACCGAGAAACUCUAAAUCCUGAAUUACUCCGUACUUCCUUUCCCCAGACCCACUUAAGAUUAGGGCUAGCCCUUCGGCGGAUCAGACAAUCUAACCCCUCUCUGUAUGCGGCCCCUCCGACGACAACGUCGCCGAGCUAGCAUUGACUAACACUAACUGGUGCCCUUUCACCCCGGGAAUUUCGUAUAUAGUACUUUCAUUGUACUUGACUUAUAGGUGGGGUUUUGUUGGAUUGUAUUGGAUUGUUUCGUGUUUCGUUAGAGCUUGAUACGAUGUCUGAUCCUAAGGCUUUGAGGUCGGAGAUUAUUGCUAGGGGUCCUUUGGAUCCUAAAGAGGCUAGAUGGACGAGAUUAGUCAAGACUACAUACCGGGAUCCUACCGGUGUAGAAAGGACGUGGGAGUCAGCGGAGCGUCAGACCCGCCCAGCAAACUGCGCAAUCGACGGUGUGGGGAUCGUGACCAUUCUCAACAAAUCGACGGGUCCAGAACUCCUUCUCCAGAAACAGUAUCGUCCUCCUAUCGACAAGGUGGUUAUUGAGGUUCCGGCUGGUCUCAUAGAUGCUGGAGAGACGGUGGAAGAAUGUGCCGUGCGCGAGCUUAAGGAGGAAACGGGCUAUGUGGGAGUGGCGGAGCAAACGAGUACGGUGAUGUAUAAUGAUCCCGGUUUCUGCAACACGAAUCUCAACAUGGUUCAUGUCCGAGUAGACAUGUCCUUGCCGGAGAACCAGAACCCGCAGCCACAGCUCGAAGAAAACGAAUUCAUCGAAUCAUUCACAGUGCCGCUGGCCUCUCUUUUCGAGGAGAUGAAAAAGCUUGAGGCCGAAGGAUAUGCUAUUGAUGCCCGUGUGGGAACAAUAGCAGAGGGUAUCGAGCUUGCGCAGAAGUGGAAGCUAUAGAUUUGAGCAGACGAUAGCACGAACUUUCAAUUGUCGCUUAUAGAUGAGGUUUAGCGUUGUUAGACCUGUCAAUUUGAUGCA